AACUGUUCCCGGCUUCUGACUCAGUCUGCUACAACUUUAAGGAAUGGGAAAUUCCUUUUAUUUUCUCCAGGAAAUCACAUGGAGGUGCUGUCGCACUCACAUGACAAUCUGAACUAUGGAAGGCGAGUUAAAUGAAGGGUCAGUGCCUGCAUACUACAGGGAGGUGCAUCAAGCCCUCAGCGGCCAAGCAGACGAGCGAGUGCAGGUGCUGGUUUUUCAGCGACUCCUUAGCAGAACAGACCUCCCUAGAGCUGUGCAAACUCAGAUUGCGGAUCACGUGGAGAACAGUGAUGGCUUUCUCAGUAAGUUAUCACUCUAUAAAGGCCUGGCACUGAUUGCCCUUGCUCAGCAAGGCAAACAGCCGAGUCCUAAGCUGUUGGAGAAUUGCAUUCAAGAGUUUCCCAAGCCCCUGCUGGGUGAUCCAAAGGACCUGAUGAGCCUCAAGAUGAAGCCUGCUCAGGAGGACCCCCUGACUGUGUCGCAGACGUUAGCCAAACUGUUGGGAAAGGACACAAUACAAAUUGAGAUCAUCCCAGAGAAGAAGGGCCUUUUCCUUAAACAUGUAGAGUAUCAGAUCACCAGCCAGCGCUUCAAAAUAUCGGUCUACCGUCGAUACAGCGACUUUGAUGUCUUCCAUGAGAUCAUGCUGCAGAGGUUUGCCUACAGAAUGGUGCCUGCACUGCCACCCAAGAGAAUGCUGAAAGGAGUGUUGACCUCCACAUCGGAGCGGGAGUUCAUUGAGGGCAGACGGCGUGCCCUGUUGAGGUUCAUCAACCUGGUGGCACGGCAUCCAUUCUUCUCAGAGGAUGAGCUGCUCAAGACCUUCCUGACCUUCAAUGGUUCGGAUGUCCAAACCAAACUGCGUGAUGCAUACAAAAAAAUGGGGGAUGAGUUUUUAACAUGCAGACAUGCAACUCAAGCAAAGGACUAUCUUCCAGCUGACAUCCAGGCCCAGUUUUCUUCCAGCAGAGAACUGAUCAAAAAUAUCCAUAACAGCUUCCACAAGCUGCGGGAUCGGGCCGAGAGGAUGGCAGAGCGCUCCAAGGAGAAUGCCACGGAUCUGCUCAUGUUCGGGAAGGAGCUCAGUACCUUGGGGACAGAUACCUCUCCCAUCCCUCCUCUGGCUUCGUCACAAAGCACCUGGGGGUCCCUGAGACAGUCCAUCAAAGGCCUGUCGGUGGAGUUUGGGCUGCUUGCUGACAAAGCUAUGCAGCAGGGAAGAAGAGAGGAGGAUGAUGUGGUGGAAAAACUGAAUCUCUUUCUGGAUUUGCUUCAGUCCUACAGAGACCUGUGUGAGCGGCAUGAGAAGGGCGUGCUGCACGAGCACCAGCGUGCUCUGCAGAAGUACAGUGUGAUGAAGAGGCAGAUGAUGAGUGCCACUGUGCAGCCAAAGGAACAGGUGUCAGUGGAACAGCUGGAGUCACGCAUCAUACAGCAAGAGAAUGCCAUCCAGACCAUGGAGCUUAGGAACUACUUCUCCCUGUUCUGCCUCCAUCAAGAGACCCAGCUGGUCUUCACAUACUUGACCAUCACCUCUCACAUCCUGGGUGCCUUUGUGAACUCCCAGGUGCAAGGACACAGAGAGAUGGGUGAGGUUUGGAGUGAUCUCCAUCCAAAGCUGAGCUGCCUGUUUGGGGGCAGUAAUGGUCUCCAGUCUCCACCUCUCUCACCCAAGUAAACAGCAUAGGAGGAGACACGAAGAGAGGUGGUGCCCAGCAUCUUGUGCUGGUGUGUUCACAUGACAACACUUUGGGCACUCCCCAGCAGGUGCUAGCCCAGAGCAACACUACAUUCCUUCACGCCCUGUGCCUUGGCUAACCUUAAUUGAUAACCAAGUGUAUGAUCAGUGGAAGUGCCUUCCUGGGCCUCUGUCGUUGAGUCACAAGGAGAGGGAGACGAAGGUGUUUGGGAAAUGAAGGACACAUUUUUGAAGAAAAAGACAGCACUCACACUCUGUGAAAUCACGUUUUUAUUGACAUGAUGGUAACACAGUUUCAUAACUAAAAUGUCUUCAGUGCGAAAGUCCUUAAAUGAUGCCUUAAUUUAAUAUUGCACAAAUAAUACUGAUACAGAAGGGAUUUUCACCAGGAUGUUUUUCUGGUAACAGAAUGUUCGUGUCCCCUGAAAAUGUCUGAUGUUUUAACAUGCCCAGGACACAGUUUGAUUUUGUUUGAUGUAUUUUCAAUAUAUGUUGCUAAUACAUUUGUUGUGUAUUCAGCAUUGUUUUGGAUUGUGUUCCAUGUGCAUUUAGUGGAAGGACUGAAACACUGUGUACUACAAUUGUAUUGACUAUGAUGUACUCCUAAAACACACUAAUAAUUGAUGGUGCAAUAUUUUUGAAUUUGUUGUUUUUUUGUUGUUGUUUGUUUUACCCCUGAACCUGAGGGGGGCAGUGUUGUGAUGGCUUCCACUCCUUACUUUUUUGCACAGAAACAAAACUGAAAUAUGUCUAAGAAAUUCAAGCAUUCCAUUAGUUUCUGCACAAAAACUAAUUUCUAUUUUAAAUAUUAUUCCUGAAGUUCCCUGUUGAAUGAAGUUGACUUGAAGUUUAUAGACUUCUAAGAACAGCUGGCAAUAGUCAAAAAGUUGUUCAUCUCUUAGUUAGUGAUUUCUAUCAAGGGAUUUUUCCUACUUUCGCAUUGCACAUUGUAGGACACUUCGAUACUGUGAAUCCCCUCUGUAGUCGCUAUGCCUGAGCCUAGAAAUUCCAUGCAUUCACUUCAUUUCCCAAUAUGUUCAUGUUCACAGCAUACUGUAUAUAGCGAGAGUUAGUUUCCAAAACACAGUGCCAAAGAACUGUUUCAGGCCAGAACAGACUAGAAGUUUUCAGGGUCAAUAGAUGCUCAGUCUCAGGUUAAAACACUUUUAAUGUGCAACUGUCUGCAACGCCUGUUUUUUUCACUGGCAUCAUUGACAAGUGGGUCAGUUAGAGCGGGAGUUAGAAUAUGAGACACUUGAUAUGUUCUCAAACACAAUGACAUAAUGGUGUUUAAGGUAUGCUAAUUGUUGAUCUUUAUUCUCACUGCUUGCCUCAUAAGCAUGCCUCAUUAACCUAUUUGUCUAGGAAAGGUUAAAAUCUAACACUGAUUUGUUUUGCUGUAGUUUUAGGCUGAAGUAUUGAUUUAGCGGUAUGCCAUUUUCUUUAUGACAUUAUGUUCAUCUCACACUUUUUUGUUUCUGGUCAACUGGAACUAUUAUCCAUGAUGUGUUUUUGUGUUCUCCUGUUGCCAAAUGUGUUACCGCAAACUGCAUUUCUCUAAAAGAUUCAAUGCUUACACUUUGAGACACUCCAUUACAGUAGAAAAUCAUGUUUAAAAAGUACUGCUGUUUGCUUCAUUCUGUACCAUUCUGAGCUGCCAGAUAUGUAUUAACCUGCUACGCAGAUUCAUUUUUCUCCAGAACAAAACCUAAUCCCUAAAUAAAAUGUACCACGUGAAAUUA